GGGCCUUCAUCACACGUGAAAACUCCUGAGAUCUCUCCAACGUUAAGGGCUAUCAGUAGAGGGACAUCAGCUCAUCGAUCUCCAACUGCGUCUGCUUUCAGUUCAUCAUUAAACGAUGAAGAUGUAAAUAACUAUGCAAGUUUACCAGCCAGAUACAGAAGAAGACCUCUAUCACAAGAAGAAAUUGAAUAUAUUGAGGUUUGUAGACUUGUUUUCUUGGAGAAUCGCCCAAACAACCCUUGAAACUUUCCCUCAACCACCCAACCCCAGGGAAUUUUGCCCAGUGGUAAAAAUCAGGGCCUCAACAAUUGACGACAACUGAUGAAAAUCAAAUACAAUAUCACUUAAUCAAUUGAUAUUGAUAAUCAAUAGAUAAUGGUCGCUGAAGUUUCUGUGAUUAUUGAUUGUCAUUGAUAAUAUUGAUAGGAAUUGAUCAAUUGAUAGUUUGUCUGAAAAUGAAAGGUAAAUGCCUUCCAUUAUGUUUCCUGGGAGCCAGAUUGUUGCUUCUUUAAAAACUAGACUUUGGUAUAAGGUUUCUGCAUAAUGCCAUCAGAGGCAUAUAACCCUGAAGGGUAUAACUCUGUUCCAAUGCUGGAGUUUUUUGGAGAACCAAUCGAAAUUUACUUCCUAAUAUAGAAUUACUUAUAUUGAACGUUGGGCAAGUGCUUAUGGAAGCAUUGAGCCAGCAUUGUAUUGCCAUAUAAAUGAAUUGCUAUAAAGGAAAAUUACAGUUUUACAAAGUAAAAUUCUAUCAAAAUCAGAAUAUUAUUCCCAAAAUGGCCAUGAAUGUCUUCCACCAGACAAGAUAAAGUGGACUAAUCAUGAUAAGCAUCUUUUGGAUGUUGCUUAACUUGUUGACAAAAGCUCGUGCGCACUCAAAAGGGUAUGCGUCAACAUUUUACAAUUUUUUUUGCCUCAUAGUUCUAAGGUUCUUAUCUCAAUACUAAGCAACAUACAAAGGCCAUUCAGAAUAACAUAAAAUGUUUAUCCAUACACAGUGAUGUAGAAAACUAAUAGGGGUUUUAACCAAUGUUAAUUGAAAUGACAGCAGUGUUUGGAAAAAGCUUGAACUUCCAAAGUAAUGCUCUAUGUAUAUAAAUAGCAUUGGCAAGUUUCCAGUAAAUCAAAAGCACAUAUCAUUUUAAUCAGAUAUGGGUAAGAUCGUUGCAUGUGCAUUGUAUGAUGGCAUUGUGACCCGGCCUGACCAGGCCGAUCAAGCAAUAAUACAGUGUAACAAAAAGUGUUUAAAUUAUCUCAAAAUGUUGGUCUAAUCCAUUGAGAAAAUGAUACUGUAGUUCAGUUAUUUGGGUUCAUGAAAACUUGCUUGUUGAUUGGUUAACAAUUUGAUUGACCUUUUAAGUUAUUUAUUGGUAUUGCCAGAGAUUAAUUGAGUGGGAAAUUUUUGUAAGUUUGAUAUGUAGGGCAAUGGUAUAUACAAUCCCUUUUCUUCUUCUGUUUGCUUGGGAGUAAUUCUGGUGAAGAGUUGAUAGUACACGCCUGUCACCAACAUUGCGAUGUCCUGUGUGUUGAGUUUGUCGUUGCUUCUCACACUCAGCUUGCAGAUGCUUUACUGCUAAAUAUUUUUUAUUUAUUAAUGCUUGAGUCGCACAUGGAGGUUGGGUGCCUAGGAACCUGGGGGCUGGAGCCGCCGACCCUUAACCCAGGUAGCAAGAACACCCCAAAGGCCUGCCCUACCGGCAACCCAGCCACGAGCCCUACCCGCUACACCCAGCCCCAGCCCAAGCACCUGUCACACUGA